UCCGCCAUCUUGGAGAUGGGUGCUAGCUGUGGUCCUUCUGUUAAUCCAAACAAAAAAGACGGGCACCGAAGUUACCCCUCACUCUCCCGUCAGGUUAUCAUCACGGUUAAUUGUUAGCCAAAGCUACAUAAGAAGCGAGCUUGUGAAGGCCGGAAUCAGCGACAUUGAGGGCCGCUUCACCUGCCUUCUGGGAGGCAGAAGUGAAGUGGCUGAGGACCGGAAGGAUGGUGCAGUCCUGUUCUGCCUACGGCUGCAAGAACCGAUAUGAUAAGGAUAAGCCGGUUUCUUUCCACAAGUUUCCUCUUACUCGACCCAGUCUUUGUAAAAAAUGGGAGGAAGCUGUCAGAAGAAAAAACUUUAAGCCCACCAAGUACAGCAGUAUCUGUUCAGAGCACUUUACUCCAGACUGCUUUAAGAGGGAGUGCAACAACAAGUUACUGAAAGACAAUGCUGUACCUACAAUAUUUCUUUGUACUGAGCCACAUGAUAAGAAGGAAGAUCUUUUGGAGCCACAAGAACAGCUUCCCCCACCUCCCUUAACACCUCCCAUUUCGCAAGUUGAUGCUGCUAUUGGCUUAUUAAUGCCUCCUCUUCAGACCCCUGAUAAUCUCUCAGUUUUCUGUGACCACAACUAUACUGUGGAAGAUACAAUGCACCAAAGGAAAAGGAUUCUUCAGCUAGAGCAACAGGUUGAAAAGCUCAGGAAGAAGCUCAAGACUGCCCAGCAGCGAUGCAGAAGGCAAGAAAGACAACUUGAGAAGUUAAAGGAAGUUGCACACUUUAAGAAAGAAAAAGAUGACAUUUCAGAAAGAGGUUAUGUGAUUCUGCCAAAUGACUACUUUGAAAUUGUUGAAGUACCAGCAUAAAAAGAUGAAUGUGUAUUGAUUUUUAAUGGGGCAAGACCUCUUUAGUCUAAACAGGAUUUUCAUCUGAAAACCCAACAGUUGAUUACUUGUAUAAAACAAUUCAUACUAUUUUUUAAAAAUAAAUUAGAUAUAUAAAGUUUUUGGUUGUAAUUUCAGAGUUUUUACAUUUUAACAAACUAUUUAAAAAGUUACAUUAAAAAAUACACAUUGCCAAUGUAAGUUGGUUUCAAGAUUGGAGAUUUUUCUCUUAAGUAUUUAUAGAAAUAAUGUACAAACAAAGAGUAGAAUGAUAGUGCAGUAAAGAUGAUUUAAGUUUAGAAUUUAAAAUGAAUGUUCUUUAUUGACAGAACUUGCUUAUAUUUUAAAUCAUGACUAUGGGAAUAUGUAGAUGUAUAUACACAUACUUGUGGUCAGAAGGUUGGUUUAUUUUUCUGAAUCACUUGUCAAGGAUAAAUUGACAAGUAUUUGAAAAAGACAUUUGAAAAAGACAUUUGGCUGUUAGAAAAGUCAUUUCAUCUCUAAAUAAAUUCAUAAAGGACAGAUUUUUUCAAUGUAGACCCUUCUUUUCUACCCUCGCAUUUUAAAAUUAGAAGUGUAUCUUCAGUGGAAAAACAAAAUAUGGCACUAUUGUCAGUGAAAUAAAGAUUUGAACCUAAUCCAUGAUAUUCAUUUUUCUCUUAACCCUGGCUAAAGGACAUCUAGUUUCCCACUGUACUUAUAUCUACCCAAAUGUGUUCUGUUUGUAGAGUUUAGUUUCUGUCAUAAUACAGAAAUAUUGAGCUAGACUAAUUUUUGUUAAUACUUAACAUAAAAUUAUUUUUUUACUUUCAACUUGUUAUUUAUUUAAAGUGACAUAUUCAAAAGCAACCUGAUAUGUCAUGUUUAUACUGAAUGUUGAGAUUUAAACCAUUUUUCAUUCACACUGAAUUGUUUUCUUUAUGAGAAAUUUUAGGUAUUAUUUGAAAUGAAAAUACGUUCUAAGUAAACAAGUACUGCUGCAAGAGUUAUCUAUAUAAAAUUAGAAUAACUGUCCCAAUUAUAAUAACUUUAUACUUUGAAGUAUACUGAUAUAGUUUGAGUUAACAGACCUUUUCUGACAGUAUUAAAGAUAGAAUAAUGAUGUUCAAAAAU